AUGCAUCCAAUAUACUACGCAAGUAGGACGUUGAGUGGAGCCCAACUAAAUUACACUGUGACCGAAAAGGAGAUGCUGACAGUGGUAUUCGCAAUUGACAAGUUCAGGUCUUACCUGAUAGGCUCAAAGGUAAUUGUUUAUACUGACCAUGCUGCUCUCAGAACAGAUUGGGCAAGGAAGUUAGACGAUGCACUGUGGGCAUAUCGAACCGCUUUCAAAACUCCAAUUGGCAUAUCGCCAUACAAAUUGGUGUUUAGGAAGGCGUGUCAUUUACCUGUAGAGUUGGAACAUAGACCUUGGUGGGCAUUGAGACAGUUAAAUCUCGAUAGUGAAGCAGCCAGAACAAGCAAAGUAACAGAAUUGCAUGAGCUGGAUAAGUUCAGAUAUCACGCUUUUGAGAGCACAAGAUUAUACAAGGAGAGAAUGAAGAUGAUACAUUGCAGGAAUAUUCUUGAGCGGAAUUUUAAACCUGGAGAUACGGUAUUGCUAUACAACUCGUGUCUGAGGUUGUUUCCUGGAAAAUUGAAAUCAUGA